AUGGGUGACGGGGAAUUGCAGAGGAAGAAGAGCGGGAGUACGAGGUUGGAUCUCCCGGCGGCCGUACAGCCGCCGCAAAAGGCGGUGCAGCCUUUGAAGUGUCCGAGGUGUGCUUCGGCGAAUACCAAGUUCUGUUACUACAACAACUAUAACAAGUCCCAGCCUCGACAUUUCUGCAAAGGCUGCAAGCGCCACUGGACGGAAGGGGGCACCUUGCGUAACGUCCCCGUCGGCGGCAGCCGGAAAAACAAGCGCCUCAAGACGCCGCCCAACCCUACCGCCGCCGCCGCCGUUACGUCAGCUCCCGCCGCCACGGCUGAUCAAAAACCUGGCGAACAGAAAAACAACAACACGCCCACUAUCUUCUUCCCCGCCGACCCAGUAAUUGGCAACAACGCCGCCGCCACGGCGGCGUUCAACAUUGGCCCGUCGACGCCGAUGGUUUUACACGACGAUCAAGACACCACCGCGAAACUCUUACCCUUUUCGUUCUCCACUUACUUCGAUCCGAUUUCUUGCUCCAUUCCUUCGUUCAACACCCAAUCCUCGUUUUACGAUCUCUUAAUAGCCAAAUCUAACGCAGAAGCGGUUACAUCAGUGAAGAAGGAAGAAAGAAAAGGUUUCUGGUAUUAUUCUCAAGAAGUCUCUGGUAAGGAAUUUACACGCUAG